UUCCGCUUUGUUUAGAGGCAGGCCGGUGAUUUUCCACUGCUGUGUGUUGGUCCCCCCUUUUUACAAUUCUUAUAAAUUAAAACUACCCUCCCGCCGCCUUUAGUCGCUCACACAACCGUCAACGGGAACUGACACACGAAGAGACACGCACGUAUUUAAAGGAGAUACAAAACGGAGAAUUUAAGCAGCAAUCAUCUAACAGCAUGGCUCAGAAGGAAAAGCUCCAGUGUCUGAAGGACUUCCAUAAGGACACGCUGAAGCCCUCCCCAGGCAAGAGUCCCGGGACCCGGCCCGAGGAUGAGGCUGAGGGCAACCAUCCCGCGAGGGAGAAGUGGGCCAGCAAGCUGGACUUUGUCCUGUCCGUCGCUGGCGGCUUCGUGGGUUUAGGGAACGUCUGGCGUUUCCCAUACCUCUGCUACAAGAACGGUGGAGGAGCCUUCCUGAUCCCCUACUUCAUCUUCCUGUUUGGCGGAGGUCUGCCGGUGUUCUUCCUGGAGGUGGCCCUGGGACAGUUCACCUCAGAGGGAGGGAUCACCUGCUGGGAGAAGCUCUGUCCCAUCUUUACCGGAAUCGGCUACGCGUCCAUGGUGAUCGUCUCUCUGCUCAACAUCUACUACAUCGUGAUCCUGGCCUGGGGGCUCUAUUACCUGAUCCAGUGCUUCCAGCCGGAGCUGCCCUGGGCCAAGUGUAACCAGCCCUGGAACACGCCUCGCUGCAUAGAGGACAAGUUCCGUGCAAACAAGAGCUUCUGGUUGACCGCCAACAUCACCAACUUCAAAAACUUCACCUCCCCCGUCACCGAGUUCUGGGAACACAACGUGCUUGGUAUCUCCGAUGGUAUCGAUGACAUUGGGCCCGUCAAGUGGGAUCUGGCUCUGUGUCUGCUGGCCGUCUGGGUCAUCUGCUUCUUCUGCAUCUGGAAGGGAGUCAAGUCCACCGGAAAGGUUGUGUACGUCACGGCUACAUUUCCCUUCAUCAUGCUUAUUGUGUUGUUGAUUCGCGGUGUGACGUUGCCGGGGGCCUCUGCAGGGAUCAAGUUCUACCUGUACCCCAACCUGGAACGACUCAAGGACCCCGAGGUCUGGAUCGACGCCGGCACACAGAUCUUCUUCUCCUAUGCCAUUUGUCUGGGGGCGAUGACCUCGCUGGGAAGCUACAAUAAGUACAAGUACAACUGCUACAGGGACUGCAUGUUGCUGGGGGCCUUGAACAGCGGGACCAGCUUUGUGUCCGGCUUCGCUAUCUUCUCCGUCCUGGGCUUCAUGGCUCAGGAACAGCAGGUGGACAUAGCUGACGUGGCUGAAUCAGGUCCUGGACUGGCCUUCAUAGCCUACCCUAAGGCUGUGAGCAUGAUGCCGAUGCCCACCUUCUGGGCAAUCCUAUUCUUCAUCAUGCUACUGCUGCUAGGCCUUGACAGCCAGUUUGUGGAGGUGGAAGGGCAGAUCACGUCGCUGGUGGAUCUGUAUCCGUCCUUCCUAAGGAAGGGUUAUCGCAGGGAGGUGUUCAUCGCCAUUGUCUGCUUCAUCAGCUACCUGCUGGGCCUCACCAUGGUCACAAAGGGUGGCAUGUAUGUGUUCCAGCUGUUUGACUACUAUGCAGCCAGCGGCGUGUGUCUCCUGUGGGUAGCAUUCUUUGAAUGUAUUGCCGUAGCCUGGGUUUAUGGCGCAGAUAAUUUCUACGAUGCGAUUGAGGACAUGAUUGGCUACAGACCGAAUCCUUGGAUGAAAUGGAGUUGGACUAUUAUCACACCCGCUCUGUGCAUAGCCAUCUUUGUCUUUUCAUUGGUCAAAUACAAGCCAUUGACCUACAACAAGGUGUACGAGUAUCCUGAUUGGUCCAUCGGACUGGGCUGGACUCUUGCCCUGGCCUCAAUGAUCUGCAUCCCCAUGGUGGUUGUCAUCAAGAUCCUCCAAUCAGAUGGGCCUCUCAUAGAGAGGAUCAAGGCGGUUGCGGCCCCCGUGCGUGGCGGGGCCAGCUCUCGCCCCGCAGGUCACCGUGGCAUUAUGGACGGGCCCUUCACCCUGGACCCCAACGGGAACAAGGGCCUGCUGCUGAAGGCCCCAACCCACACCAUCGUAGAAACCGUGAUCUGAGGAGGGGAGGCACUGCCGCUCUGUGAGCCCGCUCGCCUCCCCCCUUAACCACCCCAACCCCCCCCCUGCUCUGUUCUGCUAGUUAGCUUCCUGUUUGUCUAUCUGUGUGUCUGGUGGACUGAAAAGGGUUUUGGAAAAGAAAAAGAAAAAAGAUAAAAAGAUUAAGUCCCAUUCCCACUCCAGGAGGAGUGCUUUUAAAGGUGUUAGGGAUUUCCCUGUGUUGCUUGUUUCUUAUAAAGACCCGGUCUCGGUGUGCCAUGAUAACUAUGGGACGGUUGCAAAGGCCGGACAGUCAAAUGUAGAGGUGAUUGGCGAAAUACACCAGCUAGUUUGGAGAAGGGCAACGACCCAUCGUAUCUGUAGCUGAGGAUGGGUCGUUUUCACCUUCAAAACUUCAAAUAUAUAUAUAUAUAUAUAUAUAUGUAUGUAUAUAUAUAUAUAUAUAUAUACAUACAUAUAUAUAUGCUACCUUGUUGUUGUUCCCAACUGUGAACUGCUCCUCUAUUUAUUCCCCCCCAAAACAGCUGCCUGCUUCUUGAGACAGCCUGGAAGUGGAGUCACUGCCAAGCAAGCCAGGCUCGGGCUCGUGCCCGUGUGGUGGGUUGCCAAUUUUACAAUCGCUUCCUCCUUUAAAUAGAAAGAGAAAAUAAUGGGGGAGGGGUUUGCGUAAACCACAACUAUCACUGCCAUUGAAAACGCACCUCUGUAGUGGGAGGGGAGGGGAGGGGAGGGGGGUAACCUUUGACCCUGUGAGGUGAACCAGGGUUGGGUAAAAAAAAAAAAAAGCACCUUGCGAGAAACAAAUGUCACCAGGAGGAUGAGGAGGAGUAAGGAGUACCUGAAGGCAUUUGAAUGGUGGCGUCCGAAACCCUUGACGUCUGUCGUCUGUGGCGUAAUGUACAUUUAGUAGUUAAACUCUCUAUCUAUCUUUACCUCUCUGUCCGUCCCUUCGACCGUUUUAGAGCAGUCUCCAGUACUUUAGCUCCAGACUUCAGUUUUCUACAAAGGAAGGUUAUUUACAUUUGUUAUUUCUGUCGAUGUUUCUAAUGUUUUUUUUUUUUUAUUAUAAAGACUAUUGUAACAUGAACUCUUAAUGAAAGUUGCUGUAGUGGGAAAUAGGAAACAUGCUUUAGCGUCAGUUAAAUAAUAUACACUAUCAUACAUCAAACGAAUUUUAAACUUUAAUCUACUGAGGUAAACAUAUAUAUAUAUAUAUAUAUAUAUAUAUAUAUGUUGAUAUAUCCUGCACUAGUACUGCACUAGUACUGCAAUAAUACUCCAGAAACCUUUAAUAGUAAGACAUAAAAAUGUGUGUAGCAUUGCAGUGCACUACUUUCUUCCCAUAGUACCUUAUAUCUUUGAAACAAAAAAAUCGUAACAAUUAGCAAAACUCUGUGACAUCGCGUAUAUUUACCUCUGCGCUCCAAAAUCUUGCUUUAAAGAAAUGCUCAGAAAAUAAGUACAACCAAUUAUCUAUUAUUUUUCAUUGUUACCAAGCCAACCAAACCAUAAUUUAGACCAGUCACCCCACCAGCUUUGUGGCGUUAUUUAUGGUAUGAGCUAAUGCUAAUAUCAAGCUUAUACUAUUCAAAGGAUGUAUUUCCAAACGUUAAUGCACCGGCGGCUUCCACCCAGUUACACUUUGACCUCUUAACUGAAAAGUUAUCUGAUGGGAAAUCAGAGAGAAAUCGCCCAGAUUUUCUUCUCAGCCCUGCUGGUCAACUGGGUGUCUAAAUUCCAAAUGUCUGAAUAAUAAUAAUCCUGUUUACAGCUCAUUAACCCAAAGUUUUUCAGGUUCAUAUAUUUCUUGUGUUCAUGGAACAAUGCGGUCAUAUAACAUGCUGGAAUUGGGGAUCACUAAAUAUGUUUUCUCUUAGAUGAUCAUGUAGGUAUCUUUCGAGACAGAACUCAGUAUACUUCAAAAAGAUUCCCACCUGUAAUUCUUUGAAAUACGUCAAAAUACUUGUAAGGCAGGGGAAACUAAAUAAGGACCAAUUGUAAUUGCAGUGUUACAUUAAAUUAAACAUUUGAUUCCCCUACUUAGAUACACAUCAAAAUAACCCAAGAAGACAGAAUUUAUUGAUUGUUGAAAUAUGGUUGUGCCGUAUUUUUUGAACGUUGGAAAGAUUAUCACAGGAGUUCUGUGGUGCAAGCAAACAUCUAUUCUAUGGUGCAGGCUUGGAAUGACCUUACCUUAUAUCAAUGGAUUUGCUCUGAAUCUAUAGACCUGCCUUCCAACACUCCCGGCAGACACUGCCUGCUGAAAGCUUCCUGUUCAAACGAGAUAAAACCCAAGGUUUUCAAAAUAAGAGUCUUGAAGAUUAAGUUACUAUAAAACAGAGAGCAUCACUGAUGAACAUGGAAUGUGAAAAGUCACCCCCAGGGUAAAUGUUUCAGGAUGUCUUUUUUUGAGGAAUAAAAAGUAGUCUCUUUUUAUUAUUUUUUAUUUUUGGUGUUUUACGACAGUAACAGUUUAUUUCUAUAUUUUGUUUGAUUGUUUUGUCAAUCACAUUUGCCUUUUGUAUAUCAAAUAUAGUGUAUUUGAGCCUCUUGCAUUUGGAGUAUCAUGUACAGCUGUCAAUCAAAAAUGAAAAAAAAAAGCUGCGGUUUGUUACGUGCAAUACUUUGUAGAAAGAGAAGUAUUUUUUUCAUGCAGUUUUUUUUCCAAAUUGUGGUACUAUCUCAAAGAAUUACCUGUGAAUUCUUAGACAUGAGAAAUUGGAAACUUUCAGGGGCCAAUUUAUUGAAAAUGAAAUGACACCACAAAAUUCUGCAUUUGGAAACCAAUUAUAUCCAAAAGCGGAGCUUUUCUGUUGACAUACUGUUAUUCCAUCUAAGCUCUUGUAAUUUGAAAUGCACUGAGGAUAAAAUAAUGAUUUAACAUUG